AUGGCCAGCGUCUUCACCAGGGUCCUGCAGCUGGUUAGCAGGCCUGGACUGGUAAUUUCCAUGGUCAUGGUGGCUGUGGGUGUCUAUGCCAGGCUGAUGAAGCAUGCAGAAGCAGCCUUGGCUUGUCUGGCGGUGGACCCUGCCAUCCUGCUGAUCGUAGUGGGUGUCCUCAUGUUCCUUCUCACCUUCUGCGGCUGUAUCGGAUCCCUUCGGGAGAACAUCUGCCUGCUGCAGACGUUCUCCCUCUGCCUCACCAUCGUGUUCCUGCUUCAGCUGGCUGCUGGCAUCCUGGGCUUCGUCUUCUCAGACAAGGCUCGGGGGAAAGUGAGUGAAUUAAUCAACAAUGCAAUUGUGCAUUAUCGGGAUGACCUGGACCUGCAGAACCUCAUUGACUUUGGCCAGAAGAAGUUCAGCUGCUGUGGAGGGAUUUCCUACAGAGACUGGUCUCAGAAUAUGUACUUCAACUGCUCAGAAGACAACCCCAGCCGAGAACGUUGCUCUGUGCCUUAUUCCUGCUGCUUGCCCACCCCGAAUCAGGCAGUGAUCAACACUAUGUGUGGCCAAAAUAUGCAGGCUCUUGACUACUUGGAAGCUAGUAAAGUCAUCUACACUAACGGCUGUAUUGACAAGUUAGUCAACUGGAUACACAGCAACCUGUUCCUACUUGGCGGUGUGGCACUAGGCCUGGCCAUCCCCCAGCUGGUGGGAAUCCUGCUGUCCCAGGUCCUCGUGAAUCAAAUAAAAGAUCAGAUUAAACUACAGCUCUACAACCAGCAGCACCGGGCUGACCCGUGGUACUGAGAAGCAUUCCUCGUGCCGCCUGACCAUAGUGACGGCAAGCCUCAUGGACCAGCAACAGAGGGUGCUGAGAAUGGUGUCCUGUGGAGAUUUGGAUUUCAGCCCCCCAGCAAUGAGGGCCCAGUGGGAAGAAGCAAACUCCAGAAGACAGGCCACAGGAUGGCUCAGGUCUCAGAAAGACGUGCCUCAUCCCCCCAUCCUAGUCCCAGCAUUGUUAGAGAAUUAUUUUGUCCUGUUCCUAACCUUGAACAUUUGAGUUUAAGUUCUAAGUUUUGUUUGGGCAGAGGCAUGUGGGAAGCAGCAGUGGUGAAGAGAGCUGUAAGCUGCCUACUUUCUCCAAGGCACAACAGACAGCUCUGUUAGGGCUGCUCCUGAGCUAGGUGGACAAACUCAGAGUUUACUGCCAGGGAGACCUGGCUGUGGAGCGUAGGCUCUAGCAGCCCUGCUUGGAGUCCAGUUGGCAUAAUCCCAGCUCUA